GAAAUACGCAUCUUGAAACUGACAUUUCAUUUUGCUGCAGAUUAACCUAUAACGUUGCAUUUAUUCGUGUUAUUCUGUCGGCGUGUCUGGUGGAAACUACCAGUCACGAAGUGCUGUUUUAAACGGCACCAGUAUAAUAGUAGACUAGUUAGUGAUUAAUUAUCUACUAAUUGAAUUCUGACACUCCUUGCCGGAAAUUUAAAAGAGGACUUCAAGUUAGCCAUGGGGAAGCAGAACAGCAAACUGAAACCGGAAGUACUAGAGGACCUUAAGCAGACCACCGAAUUCUCAGAUGCUGAAAUUCAAGAAUGGUACAAAGGAUUCUUAAAGGAUUGUCCAAGUGGACACCUCAGCGUUGAAGAAUUUAAAAAGAUAUACGGGAAUUUCUUCCCUUAUGGCGACGCUUCCAAGUUUGCAGAGCAUGUGUUCAGAACAUUCGACGUGAACGGAGAUGGGACAAUCGACUUUCGAGAAUUUUUAUGCGCCCUCAGUGUAACAUCUCGUGGCAAACUGGAACAGAAGUUGAAGUGGGCCUUCAGCAUGUACGAUCUCGAUGGUAAUGGUUAUAUCUCGCGGCAAGAAAUGCUGGAAAUUGUGACGGCUAUCUAUAAGAUGGUGGGUACCGUAAUGAAAAUGCCCGAAGAUGAAUCCACGCCAGAAAAAAGAACCGACAAGAUAUUUCGACAGAUGGAUAAAAACAAGGAUGGCAAAUUGUCCCUCGACGAAUUCUUAGAAGGAGCAAGAAGUGAUCCGUCUAUCGUGCGACUAUUGCAGUGCGAUUGUAGUGCACAAGCUCAGUGAGGCCCUGGGCUAUUACGCAAGUAUUACUGUGUCAUCUAUAUAACUAAAUCGGGACCCGGUCCGAUAAUGUCCACUGAAAAUAAAAUAAAUAGGAAAAUAUUACGAUCAUAAAGAGUAUCUGUUUGAAAAAUUCACUGGAAGAACAAUAAAAACUUACUUUGGUGACCUUGCCUUACAUCUGUUUAUCUUUUUUCUGGUUUUUUCAGAAAACCAAUCGUAUUUUAAUACCAGGAAGAAAUAUAGAUCAGUGAGCUUGAAUAAGUGAUAUGCUUUUGAUUUGAUUUUGAAGUAUGUUGUAGAAGACAAAAUUUUGGAUAACCUUUAUUUAAACAAUAAUUCCCGCUUAACCUUAUUUUUCGAGAUGUUUGCAAAAAUUGUUCAAGGCUGCCUGUGCAUGUAUCGUGGACACGUGACAGGCAAGUGUAUACAAUGGGUGACUGAAAAAAAAGUUUCAAAUCGACAUUUAAUAAAGUGAAUCGUUGAAAUCGAUCAAAUUUAAUCCUUUUGUCCACCCAUUAUAUACAUUAGACGAGCGGCGAUUCUUUGCAAACGCAACGCAUCCAUGACACAUCUAUAGGCAAAGUUUAAUGUAGCAGAAUCAACAAUUCUUACAAAUAUCUUGAAAAUUAAGCUUGAGCGGUAAUUAUUGUUCAGAAUCUCGUCCACUAUAACAAACUUCAAAAUCAUCGGGAU